GUGAGGCAGCCAGGCCUAGCAGGCCCCGCGCCACCCGCCACCGCCGCCGCUGCCUCUGGGGCCGCCGCUGCUGAGGGCCCACCAUGCUCCUGCCCAGGCCUGGAGACUGACCCUAAACCGGCACCAUCUCUCAGCUCCGCCCCCACCUGCCAGACCCCAGGGUAAGGACCAGGGUCCUCAGUUCCAGUCCCCAGGACGUGGGCCCCCUCACCCACACCCGCCCUAAUGCUCCGCUCCCAGUAGAAGGGCUCCCAGGGACCCGGAGAGUGGGCUGUCAGGCUUCUCCCCGAGGACCUCAGAGUUCCAGCCCCCUCUUCUUCAGACUCCAAGAUCGGCCCCAGUCUCCUCCUCCCUCAGACCCAGGAGUCCAGGCCCCUGUGCCCCUCCUUCGAAGGAGAGCUGGCCCCCAAACCUCUCUUUCCUCAGGACCCAGGAGUUGAGGCCCCAGCUCUCCUCCCUCAGACCCAGGAGUUCAGACCCCUAGUCUCCUCCUCACCCAGGCCCAGGCAUGGGGUCCCCCAGGCCUACAAAUCCAGGCAUCCCCUUGGCUGCUGGUCACACACUGACCCCAUCCUUGAACCCAGCCCAGUCUGUGUCCGUGAUCACGGCAUGCUCUGGCCGGGGCCCAGACCCUCAGCCUCCCUGGAUGGGCGCCUGGGACUGGGGACACAGGGGCUGGCCUGGGCUCCCCCAGGCCCUGCCUCCCCCCGUUCAUCUCCCCACAGGUCCCGCCCCGGCCCAGGAGGUCAGCCGGGGAAUCAUUAACUAGAGGCCGUGACAUGGCGGAGAAGGAGGGUGGCCAGACCGUGCCAUGCUGCUCUGGACCCAAGGUGGCAGCUCUCACUGUGGGGACCGUGCUGCUGCUGACAGGCAUCGGGGCAGCGUCCUGGGCCAUUGUGACCGUUCUACUCAGGAGUGAUCAGGAGCCGCUGUAUCCAGUGCAGGUCGGCCCGGCCGACGCUCGGCUCACGGUGUUUGACCAGACGGAGGGCACGUGGCGCCUGCUGUGCUCCUCGCGCUCCAACGCCAGGGUGGCAGGGCUCAGCUGCGAGGAGAUGGGCUUCCUCAGGGCGCUGGCCCACUCGGAGCUGGAUGUGCGGACGGCGGGCGCCAACGGCACGUCGGGCUUCUUCUGCGUGGACGAGGGGAGGCUGCCGUACGCCCGGAGGCUGCUCGAGGUCCUCUCCGUGUGCGACUGUCCCAGGGGUCGUUUCCUGGCUACUAUCUGCCAAGACUGUGGCCAUAGGAAGCUGCCCGUCGAUCGCAUCGUGGGCGGCCAGGACACCAGCUUGGGCAGGUGGCCAUGGCAAGUCAGUCUUCGCUACGAUGGAGCACACCUCUGUGGGGGGUCCCUGCUCUCCAGAGACUGGGUGCUGACAGCCGCCCACUGCUUCCCUGAGCGGAACCGGGUCCUGUCCCGAUGGCGAGUGUUUGCCGGUGCCGUGGCCCAGACCUCACCCCAUGGCAUGCAGCUGGGGGUGCAGGCAGUAAUCUACCACGGGGGCUAUCUCCCCUUUCGAGACCCCAACAGCGAGGAGAACAGUAAUGACAUUGCUCUGGUCCACCUCUCCAGCUCCCUGCCCCUCACAGAGUACAUCCAGCCCGUGUGCCUCCCGGCUGCUGGGCAGGCCCUAGUGGACGGCAAGAUCUGCACCGUGACUGGCUGGGGCAACACACAGUACUACGGCCAACAGGCGGGGGUACUCCAGGAGGCCCGAGUCCCCAUAAUCAGCAGUGAUGUCUGCAACGGCCCCGACUUCUACGGGAACCAGAUCAAACCCAAGAUGUUCUGUGCCGGCUAUCCCGAGGGUGGCAUUGAUGCCUGCCAGGGUGACAGCGGUGGCCCCUUCGUGUGUGAGGACAGCAUCUCUCGGACGCCACGUUGGCGGCUGUGUGGCAUCGUGAGCUGGGGCACCGGCUGCGCCCUGGCCCAGAAGCCAGGCGUCUACACCAAAGUCAGUGACUUCCGGGAGUGGAUCUUCCAGGCCAUAAAGACUCACUCCGAAGCCAGCGGCAUGGUGACCCAGCUCUGACCUGUGGCUUCUCGCUGUGCACGCCUGCAGGGCCCAAGCUGAUCUAGGUGGCUCCAGCCCCACAUGAUGGGGUUCACCCUGGGAUGGAACAUUUUUCUUCUUGGGCCCAGCCCACAGGUCCAAGGAUACCCUCCCUCCAAGGUCCUCCACAGUGGCGGGCCCACUCAGCCCUGGGACCACCCGAGCCUCACCCUUCUGACCCCCAUGUAAAUAUUGUUCUGUCGUCCGGGGAGUCCCAUCUAGUGCCCCUGAUGACAGGAUGCUCUUUAAAUAAUAAAGAUGGUUUUGAUUAA